CAAAUAUUGAAUAGUACCAGUGUACAGGCAAACUGGGGCCCACAAGACAUUGAGGGUAUGCAAGGCUGGGCAGGUGAGAAUUAUACAAUAUUUUUUUACUCCCUACUUUAUUUUUCUCCUUACUACAGCUAAUCUUUGUGUACUAAAGUAAAGCAAGCAGUAAAUUACUCUUAAUAGUACACUAGUCUGCUGUUAACUUUGAUUAGGUGUUGUUAGCUUACGCUAAGGUUUUGGAAAUACUAGAGAGAGGAGAGAGAGAGAGAAGGGAAGGGAUAGAGAGAGAAAGGGAGCAGUUGCAGUGGUUAACAACCCUCUGCCAGAGCGCAAGAAGGAAUCAUUUCACCUCAGUGGCAGGUAACAAACCACUUAGCAGCAGGCUCUUGCUUCCGUCUUGCCCUUUUGCUUCCGCCUCCUGCCCUUAAAAUCUUUCACCACCACCUCCCGUCGCGGUCAAAUUUGCGAUCCAUACUUGGGGCGGAGGGCCAAGAAACCGAGCUCUCCCUCCGAUGUCCACCAACGCCAGGUGAAAUUGGUGGCCGGCCUCUUUGAAGUUGAAGGGUUCAUGUGGUUCCGCGGUGGGGUAAUUUUCAGGUGAUUGAGGAACGCUGGUGUUUCUGGACAAUUGGAGAUGUACUCAGGCCAGCAAUCUGAUCAAGGUCCUAGUGCAAAUAGUGGCAGAGAAUUCCCCAAGGCAAAUUGGAAUUCUUUCACAAUGCAUCAAAAGAUGGCUUAUAGUGGACAGUAUGGGUUUGGAUCUUACGGCAUCGGCUUAGAAGAUAGACCGGGAUUGUAUCAAUCUUCAUCUGGUACAUUGAGUCAGGACAUCCAAAUGAGCGAUGAGCAUAGUGGAGGUGUGAAGAAGAGGAAAGGAAUGGAGGACCGUGUCACAUUGUUGCAUAAUGCAGGUGAUCAACAAACAGAAGGUUCAUCUCAGCCAGAAAGGAACUCAAUGGAAGAGGGGAACAGAAAGAUUUCGCCCAAAAUGCAAAGCAAAGAAGAUUCUUCUGAUGGUGAUGGUACUAAAGAGGACUAUGUUCAUGUCCGGGCAAAGCGAGGCCAAGCCACUAACAGCCACAGCCUUGCAGAAAGACUGAGGAGAAAGAAGAUAAGUGAGAGAAUGAAGCUUCUUCAAGAUCUUGUUCCUGGAUGCAAUAAGGUAACCUCUCCUUUGUUUGGUGCGAGCAACUUCUCAAAGACUACUGUAGUCCACACAUUACAAAUUUGUUUCGAACAGAUCACUGGCAAGGCAGUCAUGCUCGAUGAGAUUAUCAACUAUGUGCAGUCAUUGCAACGACAAGUCGAGUUCUUGUCAAUGAAACUUGCAACUGUUAACCCCGAGCUUGGCUUUGACAUUGAGCAGAUCAUAUCCAAACAGAUGAUGCUUUCACAAGACAGACAUCUUGCUUUCUAUGGAGUCGAUCCAGGAUCAAGCAGCCUCACUGCUCCAUUCAACCAAGGAAUCAUGCAGCCAGAAAUGAUGUGCAACAUUUCCAAUCCUGUUGAUGUUUUGCACGGAACUAUUCACGACUUGUCAACAAUGAACCAGAUACCUUCUAUGUGGGAAGGAGUUCAGAAUAUGCCUCAGAUGAACUUCAACCCUGUGGCAGCUGAUAGCGGCACCAACAACUCUGGCUCCAUGAAGAUCGAACAGUGAGCUGCUGUCUGUUAGCUCAGAAAUUGUUCUUGAAUCACUGAAUUGUCGUAAAGCGCUUGCUGGAUGAAGUUUUUUUGUAUAGCUGGAGGCCUAACCAUUCAUGCCGGUUUCCUUCUGUUGCUCCCAUAAUGUACGGCACAUUGUUUAUGGUAUGGCAUAUGAAGGAUCAUGUACAGCUGGAGCUGAAAAACUGAUUCCACUGUAAAUUUCUGUUAUGCUUUGGCCUGUGGAAAUUGGGAUGGAAACCUAGUAUCAUCCAUGAAAUCCAAGGACAGAAGCUUGUUGGGACUUGGGACCAGGUGCUGAAUACUGAUGGGCCUAAACGUACUAAAUGAGUACUAAUAGAAUGGAAUCGUAGGUACAAAAAAUGCAGAGUUUGAAGCCAGUGGCUCUGUCAGAAAUUCCAUGGAACACGCAAUGUAAUGCACCAGGUUUCAUCAUGCAAAAGGAAGGAAACUCAUUAUUGUUAAUA